AUGUCGUCGUCACUGGUCUUACCUAAAAAAAGAGUAAAUACUGAAGGUAGAACAGUGAGUAAUACCUCAAGAACAAUAUCUGGAAUAACAAACAGACAUGUCUCGAGUCGAAUCAUUUCACAAUCUCGACAUGUAAGUCAUAAUGCUCGUGCGUUACUUCAAGAUGAUACUACUGAGUUAUCAUUUGAUGGUGAACCAUCAAUUAGAUUUAAUGAAAAUAUACAUGUAAUAAUGUCAAAUUUUGAAGAAUGGAUUAAAAUGGCAACUGAUAAUAAAAUUACAUCAAAAAAUUCAUGGGAUUUUGGAUUAAUUGAUUAUUUUCAUGAUAUGAAUGUUAUUAAAGAUGGUGAUAAAAUUAAUUUUCAAAAAGCUUCAGCUACUUUAGAUGGAUGUGUUAAGAUUUAUUCAAGUAGGGUAGAAAGUGCAGCUACUGAAACUGGGAAAUUAUUAAGUGGAUUAGCUAAAAAGAAGGAAGGUGAAAAUGAAAAUGAAGAAGAUGACGAGGAAAAUGAUGAAGAUACAGAAGAAAAUCAAGAUGAUGAAUCAAAGAAGAAAAGGAAAUUAAAUAGAGUUGUUGCUUCUACAUUAGUUGAACUUGAUACAAUAAAGAUUAAAAAAUUAGACCAAGAAUUAUCAAUUGAUCCAUUAUUUAAAAAAGCUUUGGCUGAAUUUGAUGAAGGUGGUGCUAAAAGUUUAUUAUUAAACACUUUAAAUAUCGAUUCUACAGGUAGGGUUGUGUUUGAUGCUACUUCAAAUCCAAUUAAGGAGACUGAAACAAUUGAAGAAGAAGAAGAUAAAACAGACGAUAUAAAUUCAUUAAAAAGAUUUUUAUUCCCUGAUGAUAAAUUAGAGUUUGAUAAUUUGACAGUUUGUCCAUCAUUAGGAGAAUUUCAUUCUGCAUUGGAAGAUAUAAAUAAAGCAAAAAGUAUACUUGGUGAUUUUAAUAAUAAAAUGAAUGAUGUUGUACCACCACCAGAAAAUAAUGAUUAUGGAUUUGAUGAUGAUUUCAACGAUAAUAAUAAUGACCUUAAUAAUGAUAAUGAUAACGAUUUUCAAUUGAACGAUGACGUAGGUCCAGAAGAAACACCAGAUCCAUUUAAUAAUCUAGAUCAAAGUUUAAUGCAAAGAUUAUUUCAUGAACAAAGUGAACUAAAUAUUCAAUCAGUUAAUAAAGUAGCAUUAAUGGAUCGUGAUUUAAUGGAAUAUUUUGAUGAUCGACUAAAAUCGAAUUGGCAAGGUCCUGAACAUUGGAAAGUUAAAGCAUUGAAAAAGAGUAAGAAUAUUCAACAAAGUAAGAAUAUUCAACAACCAGAACAUCAACAAGAAAAUAAACCUCAGACAAGAAAAAGGAAACCAGAACAAAUUGAAAUUGAUUUUUUUGAAGAUUUAGAAAUUGAUGAAGAUGAUAUUUUUCAACCACCUAAGAAAUCAACACUGAUAAUUAAAGAAAUGGAGCAUAAUGAUUCUAAAUAUAAAUUACCAGAUGAUAUAAAAUAUAAUUCUUCAAGAUUGACUAAUUUAAUUACAAAACCACAAGUUCCAAUACUAUAUUAUCCAAAAAGAACAGAAUCUACAACUAGUGCCCUACCUUUAACUGAUGAGAAAUAUUUUGCAGAUCAAUAUAAACGACAAGAAGAAGAGGAGAAAGAAAGAUUAGCAAGUUCUUUCCAUCAAGCAGAAUAUGAAGAUUAUGAUAAUGAUUUUGGUAAUGAUAUUGAUUUUAAUGAUGUUUUAGAAGCUAAUGAUAAAGAAAUAAUACCAGAAACAGAAACUCAAAAUAAUAUAAUUGGAAAACGAAGAUCUGAAUUUGUUAAUUUUUCAAGAGUUGCAAAAAGAGUAGAUAUAAAAUUAUUAAAAGACAAUAUAUGGAAACAAAUAAAUAAUGAUGAACAAAAACAACCAGAAAUUGAAUUUGGUAAAGUUGUAACUAGUGUUUCAAAUAUGUAUAAUCCAGAACAAGCAAAAGAUUUAUCUACUAGUUUUUGUUUUAUUUGUGUUUUACAUUUAGCUAAUGAGAAUGGAUUAUCAAUUGAAAGUAAUCAAGAUCAUAAUAAUUUAUUUAUAAAAUUUAAUUAA